AUGUCGGGCAUCUUUGGUCACCACGACGAAGACCUAGGCCUGAACGGCGCCGCGACCGACCUCUUAGGUCGUCCUUCGCUAUCCCGCCAGGGGGGUUUGGGCGACGAUGGCCCAUUGUCGUCGACGGCAGAGAACGGAAGGAAUCACGAUCCUCUCUGCUUACCGAGCACAAGUGGCGAGGCGCCUCACCAGGUGUCACAGCCGCUGAACAGCUACAUCGGCCUCCUCAAGCUCAGUUUAGAACUGGCUGAGGACCGAAAUAUCAUUGAAACUCAGGCACCCUUGGAUGUGAAGCACCCGUCUCCUCUGCCUGAGUGCCCGCCGGUCGAGCAGUCGCGCUUCAUCAACCGCGUGCUCAACCAAUCAGCCCGCUUUUGGGACAUUCUCAAGAAGAUGUCGACGGAGGUCGAGUCACAGCAGCCGCGGGCGGGGAAUGGGAGCAACAGCAUUGGUAUCCGUAGCAACGGGGUGAAUAACGUCAAUAGCCGAGGACACGCCCCUACUCGCGGCUUUGACAGCGGCGUGUGGCUCGGGUCCACACGAAGCGUGACCAGCGAUGGCGGCAGUAACCGGGUGGAUAUGGACCUCUUCGGUAUGCCCGUCUCGUCGUCGUCGGCCGCGACUGGAGCGUCGGUGAUGCCGCAGCGGGCGGAUCACGUGCUGGUGGUGAAUCUGAUCAUGACAUACGUGUAUCUGUUGCGCAACUGCCGGGCCGUGUUUGCGCGGCUAUAUCAGGCACUCGACAUGACGGCCACGGCCGAGUCGCAGUCGGCGCUGAGGCUUCCGAGCAUGCAGUUCGGUGACUUCCAGCUCGACAAUAAUCUGGCCGUCCAGGUCAAGGUGCUGGUGGAGAUGAUGUCGGGCAUGUUGCUGCGCAUUGGCAGCACCCUCGGCAUCAGCCCGAUCGGUGUCAUCUUUCCGGCCAAUGGCAACGCCUCCCCGCCGGCCGAGGAUCUUGAUUACCGCCUGCCCUUUAUGAGCGACCCAUUAGCCGUAUCGGUGCGCGAGAUUAUCUUGUCGCAGGAGAGGGCCCAAAAUGGCGUGGCCCAGCCGGGCGAGGCGCCGCCACUCCGUGAGAUCCUGUCCAACCUAAGACGCCUGCUCGAACGUCGAUAUUGUGUUUAG